GGCGCAUGUCUCAACAUCCUCGUCUCCCAUUGGACUUUACUGGAGCAGAGCACUGUAUGAUUGGACGAGUAGCAUUGGCUCUUCCGUGUAGUCGAACAUUUCUGAGGACGUCAGGACGACUGGCUCGUCCGCAGGUAUCUGACGCAAACAAGCGAGGACAACACGACUCACAAUGUCUUUCAGAGAUCUGAGAAAUUUUACAGAAAUGAUGAGAGCUUUGGGCUAUCCUCGCUUGAUUUCCUUGGAGAAUUUCAGAACACCGAACUUCAAUCUGGUGGCAGAAAUCAUGAUAUGGCUCGUUAAAAGGUAUGAACCUCAGAUGGAUAUUCCUCCAGAUGUGGACACAGAGUCAGACAGAGUAUUCUUCAUAAAGGCUGUGGCUCAGUUCAUGGCAACUAAAGCACACAUCAAGCUAAACACUAAGCGCCUCUACCAGGCCGAUGGCUACGCUGUGAAAGAGAUGUUAAAGAUCACGUCAGUGUUAUACAGUGCAAUGAAGACCAAGCAGAUGGGUCUGGAGGACAGAGUGGAGGAGGACAGCAGCAAUUUUAAGUUUGACAUUGGAUCACGGAUUUCUGAUCUCAAAGCAGCUCGGCAGCUAGCAUCAGAAGUCACGUCUAAAGGAGCAUCUCUGUAUGAUUUACUGGGCAAGGAGGUGGAACUUAGGGAAAAGAGAACUGCGGCCAUUGCAAGACCACUGGAAAUCGAUGUGACUGAAAAGGCCCUGAGAGAAGCCAUCAGGGAGGCCUUGGUAACAGUGGAGAAGACCAAAGAAAUGCUGAACAACAUCGUCUCUGAUGAGGCCAGCCUGGAUGCCAAGAUAGAAAGGAAGAAACAGGAACUGGAAAGGAGUCGGAAGAGACUUCAGACACUGCAAAGUGUGCGACCAGCGUUCAUGGACGAAUAUGAGAAGAUCGAAGAAGACUUGCAGAAGCAGUAUGAGAUCUAUGUGGCAAAGUUAAAAAACCUGUGUUUCCUGGAGUCUCAGCUGGAAGAUUACCAUCAGCUGGAGCAAGAGCGUUUUGAGGAAGCUGAAAACACUCUGAGGAUGAUGCAGCAAAAUCUGAAGGAGGACGAUAGAGAUCUAAUGAGGAGCUCAUUGAAAGAUGUGGACUCUGAUACCGACGUUCUUGAGGAUGAAGGUGAUAUGGACAGUGACUUGGAAGAGUCUCGGCCCUCCAAUCCAAGGCCCAUGAGAAAUGGCUUGAUGGCUGUUAAACAGACAAACGAUUUGUUCAGAAGAGGAACAAGAUUUAUUGGGAACAUGCAGGGUGGUGACAGUGAUGAGCCCACAUUAGCCAUUCCCCGAAGGCCAAAACAACUGGAAGGACAGGUUUGUUUGUGCAGGGCCAGUGCCUGGCUGAUUUUCUUUUUAUGUAUUAAAAUUAUCCAUCCUGAAAUUUUCCAUGUGAGAUGUUCCUUUUAAAUUAUUAUACAGUUUAAUUUCCAUGUCUAGUUCCAGUGUAUUUACAAAACUCUUUAGCCAUAAUAGUAGCAAUGUGACAAGUGGCCUCCAUCUUUGUGGAAUUUUCUAAAAAUAAAUAACAUGGAAUGAACACUUCAAAGGCCUCUAAAUCCUCCAUAACAAAUAAAUUGACAAAAAAAACAAUGAUUAAAGUACAUGACCUCUUCUACUGCCCACACUGCUCUACGCACAAAUAAUGUUCCAUUUGCACGAUUUUAGUGGAGGUUUUUGGAGAGGUGACGAUGUUUGAAACGUCAGCUAUUUUGAUGCAUCGACUUUGAGAACCCCUUGGAAUUUCGGCCCGUACCUCAUUGGUGGAUAUUUUUAACUGAAAAUUAUCAGACAAUCGAUGAAGGGGUUCCCUAAUUAGCAGACGAAACCAAAAGCUACAGGUGAUAGGUUGAGAAAUAAUCAAGUAAUACUGUUUUACUCUAAUUUGAAGGAUUAUUUUUUUUAAAUCCCAUUUUCAAUAGGUGAUGUCACACAAAAAGUUGCCCUUUUUUUCCGACACAAAAUUAUUUUUUCACAACCUAUCAGAUUUUCAACAUUUUUGGUGCGUUGUACUCUGGUUGAACUGGUAAUUCCAACUCGAUUCUGCAUUUUGACAGACUCAUUUUUGGGAAAUCUUGGCACGUUGCUAAUAAUAGUAGUUUCUGUAGUUAUUUAGUGUUUGUUUCCUUUAAAGAUAUAAUAAUGACUACCAAGUGGAGCUUUUGUUAUGGAUUUUCUGUCUUUUU